CUUCUUUGGCCUUACGGCUGCCGCCAUGGGCCGGACACCCGCGCUGCCUCUCGCCGCGCUGUGCCUGGCCUGCCUCUGCGGGCUGACCUCGGGGGACGUCCAGAGCGGCCGCGUGCGCGCGCCUGGUGUAGGGAACGCCGAGACCGUUGGUACCUGUGGAAACAUCUCUAACUGCAAUUUGUGUAUUGGUGAUGGCACAAGUGUAACAGGCUGCAAGUGGAUAAAUUGUGAAGGAAAAAUAGGCAUAUGUGUAAACGAAACAGAAGCAGCUUCGAAGAAUCAAAACUGUACUGCUGAAGACCAGUGUUCUUUUGCUCCUUCCAGUAGUCCUGUGCCAUCUUCCAAUGUUACUACCACAGCAUCUUCCAAUGUUACUACCACAGCAUCUUCCAAUACGACCACAGCAUCUUCCAAUACUACCACAGCAUCUUCCAAUACGACCACAGCCAGUCCUGCUACAACAGCUCAUACUACUAUAGCAGGUAAUGUUACCAGCGUAACUGCACAUCCUCCUGUACCUACAACUGCCAUUACUUCAGCUGCCACAACACCCAGUAUUCCAGGUACAAAUGCUACUGUGACUCCUGCACCUUCUCCACGCAAAUCUACUUUUGAUGCUGCGAGUUUCAUAGGUGGAAUUGUCCUUGUUCUGGGUCUGCAGGCUGUUGUUUUCUUUCUGUACAAAUUCUGCAAGUCAAAAGACCGAAACUACCACACACUUUAGGACCUGCCACUUUGUAAUGGACUUGUAGCCCAACACCUGUAGUUCACUGAACCAAAAUAUUUUCUGUUGCUCAUGGAAGACAGCAGUUCAUAAUAUCCUUUAAAUCUCUAAAAGAAGACUUUAAAAGAAUAUUUUUGCAACAUUAUACUUGGCAAGAUGUGACAUUAAUCUCUUCAACAGGAGUACUUGGAAUAUGCUGCAUGGGUUCUAAUGGCUGUCUUAUUUUCCUUUAGUGGCUGCUGAUGUGGGACUUUUUUUUUUAUACGCCAAAUGUAGACAUUCAGAGAUUCUUAUUCAGUGGCAACACUGUCUUGAGUAGAUAAUCUUGUGAUGACUUGUGAAGGCUAAUUUAAUCAACAUUUGAUACAGUAUCCCUUCAGCUUUGUCAAGAUGUGAAUUACUGGUGACUGACUUCAGGGAGUGAAAUACCAUUUAUACUAGCGUAUGGCUCUUAAAGCGUGCUGCUAGAAAGAUAAACUAAAUCGUAGAAGUAGGUGAUGUCUUAACAGAAUCACAUAACUUUUUCCCUUUUUUUUUUUUUUAUACACAAGAAUAAAGGUUGCCUGUUAAAAACUGCAUUCCAAACAUAUCCUACACCCUUUUCAAUUAUGUUGCAGGUGGAGAGGGGAUGUGAGGAUAAUCCUUUUAAAGGGGAAAUGAAGAUUAGUGCCUUAAAAGAGUAAACAAAAGGCUGCAAAAAUGUCCCACUUAUCUCAAAGACAGAUAAAGCUAUUAAAUACUAGCUUAAAUUAGGAUAAUGGAAUACAUGGGACUUGAGCAUUCCAGUUUGAAAACGUUUUACACUAAGUAACUGUCCCCUAUUGACCUUGUGAGGGUGGAGAAGCACGAUACAGUAACAUUCACCUAUGGACAGAAAAUUUGUUUACCUUUUGUUCUGGCCUACAAACCAUAGAACUAGUGAUAAAAUUAAGUUCACUCCCUGUAUAAGAAGGUAACAACUUAGAUUUAUACUUGAAAUACUGGUGUUUGGAAAAUCCUGGGAAUUUUCUUAUUCAAACAGUUCCUGGACUCAUUGCAAUUAAUUUCAAGGUUUGGGUGGUUUGUUUCUCUUUACCCUUCGGUAUGUCUGCUUGCUGAAGGAGCAGUUAAGUGUAAUGCAGAGGAUCUGCUGAUUUGAUCCUAGUCAGGAUUGCUGUAGUCCUGGGAUUCCCAGGGCUACACCUUUUUACUUUCCCCCUCCACCCUUCCUGGCAUCGGAUUGGUGUCACCCUCCAGUGAACUGGUUAAGCAAAUCUAUUUGGCCAAAUAGUGUGGUGGUGUUGUUUUUUUUUUACGUUGGCUGGAUCAGCCACUGUGAUCUGGGUAUCAAAGGUACGUCCUUUCCAGUGACUUGAGCAUUUGUGAAAGUAAACCCACAGGAAGAAUGGAAGUAAAGAUGAAAUUCAGGUGGUGGAUGUAGCACAUAAUACGUAGUUUUUGAUGAUAUACUUUGAUCAUCAAUUUCAGGAUAACCUGUAGUACUGUUAAUAGCUCUGACUUGAGUGGAAUUUGGCACCCAGUAGAAAAUGAUGCAUUAAUGCAGAUAAUAGUCAUGGCAGUGGAGCUUAAAUAUGAAGCAAAUUAAGUGCACUUCAGUUGGAAACUAAAGUGCACAGUGUUGCUUUCUUUUGUUCUUCUAGUUCAAAUGGCAUUGUUUCUGUUGUGCUGCAUAGAAAACUGAAAUUGCUACAAAGUUACUCACCAGUACUGUAUCUUUGAGUUUAUUAGCUUUUGAUUUUUCUAAACAAAACUAAGACAAUCAGCUCAGGUUUAUUAAAACAGCAGAGUGAGCAGCCAGUUUCCAGCAACAGUAUGUGUGUGGGUUAGAUGGUAUAUCCUUGGCCUUACUGUGAAAUCACUUAAUCUGUCCUUUCCUUAUCUCAGAACUGUUCUGCUACAUUUAUUUGUUUAACAAGAUAUCCAUGAGCUUGUAUUCUCUGCUUUGCAGUGAGCAAAAUAACCUGCUAAAUUGUGAUAGUUCUUCAGCUCAGCAAAGCAAACUCUAUGCCUAGUACAUAAUUUUUGGAGGCCUCAAAGGGCUAUCUUCUGGGUAACUUGCAGAAAAUUGCUGCAGAACACUUCAUGGCAUGGAAGACAUUAUAAAAUACUGCUAAAAUGCUUAUUCAUGAGCUAGGCUGACCCUGAUUUAGGUUGCUGAUAAAGUCUGCUGGUUAAGCAAACUAAAAAUAAUUUUAAAAGUGCCUUAAAGUUACUUAAUCUUUUGCCUGAAAUUUUGUUUAAAAGGGUAGAAGGGAUACCUUGCCUUAGUUCCUGAUUUUUUUCUUGGUGCCAGCCAUUGCUACUUUCCAAGAGUACAGGAAACCCAGGAUCUCUGACAUGUACAGAUGCCAAUCUGAAAAACUCAAGCUUGUACGGUAUUGAUUCAGUCGUGUUUUGGAAGGCCUGCACUACGCACCGCUUGCUUGUUAGCCUUGCCAACAAGGUAUGAUCCCCAGUUUAGAGUUCUGGAUAGGAUUGUUUCCCUUUUGGUUGUUUGGGGGGAGGGGGGGGUCUGGGUUAUGCAUCUUCACCAUGUGCUUGGCUGCCUCACUAUGAUUAGUAAUUACUCCUUUGUGAAACAUCAGUAUGGGCUGAUCCGUGCUGUGCACUAGCAAAAAAACCUGAGGUAACAACUUGCAGUUUUUCUUGGCCUUGUGUUUUGAAGUGGAAGGUAGCUCAUAGAUCUGUAGUUGUAUUUGCCCCUACAUGAAUUUUAGGCACUGAACUGUAGUGACUCUUCAAGUUAUCUGGCUUUUUCUUGAAGCCAACUUGUGCAAAUAUCAAGCUGUUAUGAAUGUUCUCUGCAAGUGUUGCUGUAAAAGUUUGUAUUUUGUCUUCAGUGGAAGAAAACUGAAACAGUUGUAAUCACAAAACCAAAUUGAUAAAUAAAAAUCUGUUGAACGGAAUUUUUCUUGUAAAGUUUAAUUUGAGCAGUCCCAGAGGGAACUGUCUGCUGACUUUCUGGAGAUAAGAGCCAUUUUCCAUAGAAACUGAGGAGCACUGUAGGGAAAGAGGGAGAAUGAAAGGUUGAAGAAUUGUUAGCUCUCCUAAGUAGAGUGUUAACUCUGCAUUUGUUACAUGCAACAGUACUGAUUUAGAUUUAGAAUAGUCUCCAAAAGAAUUCUGUAGUCCAUGUUUUCCAUGUUUAACCUUGUUUUCCCCUUAAAGCCAAACAGCAAGGCAUUUACAAGCAACUUGUAAGGCUUAAUUCUCCUCUUUCCAAUAGCAGACCUUGUAAUAAUACUGGAUGUUAGCUUGUAAGGUGGAAGAGGGACUGUUGUUCCUGGGAGGCUGUAAAUAACCCCUACCUUUUAGCAUCUUUUCACAUUAAGAUCUUUGACCUUAAUGAAAAAGGCAUUGCUCUGAGCCUUAUUUCUUUCCUGAUGGCAUGAGAAAGAGGAGGAUAUUUGCUCGGGAGUAACUAUGCUUGAAGAGAACAGACCGAGCACAAUUCUGUAGUUACAGACUGACUGUAAUGAUAACUGGCUCUGGGUGAGCUGACUUCAAUAGCUUUACAUCAAGGCUUUGACACUUUUGUGGGCAGUGAAUGUGUCACUAAGUAGUAUUGACAUAACUUGGUCUCAUACAGGAAGCUGAAAAAACUCCAGUGGUGUUUUGGGAAAAGCUGUAUGGAAAUAGAGGAAACCUGAUGUGCUUAAAAUUGCUGUGCCUUCCGGAAAAGCAUCCAUUUACUACAUGCAGUCAAGGACUGAAUUAUAUUUUUGUUACAGUGCAGCACUGGAAGCCUCUGAAUACUUGUUUAUCCCUACAGUACCAGUCUUGAUGUUACUGCUGUUCGUUGAAGGCAGUCUUCUUUCUGUAGGUACAGCAUUCAUUCAGAAAUCAUCUUUGAAUUUUGCUGCAUUAAGUGGAGCACUAUUUGAAGUGUUUUAUCAAGAAGCUGUAAUUAGCUGGAGAGAGCCCUUUUUACUGCUGCCAUGGUACAGAAGUGCUUCAUACUGAUGAUAUUGUUCUACUUCCAAAUUGGCAUCUGGUUCCUGGAAUGUGCUAGAAUAACAUUUGAUGGCUUCUCUAGUGACAGCUGACCUUGGAUAGUUAUCAAUCACCUUGUCCUUCAUUUAAGGCAUACUUUAAAAUGAAUGUUAUUUGAUAACUGAUUCCACAGCAUUCCGAGUAUAUUGUGACCUGUUUUGAUGUAGCAGCAAGCAUAAAUGAAAUAAAGCUUGUUUCAGUAAUGAUG